GCAUGCAAGAUAAUGUCCGGUGCGGAGAAACCUAGGUACAGUACAGUCAGUGUCUGGAGAACGCAAUCGACAACAAUUUUCUAGGUAUGAAGGACAGUACAAUUCGAAGGCACAUACUCUGAUCUUGCCGACGUGGAUUCUGCACAGAAUGGCGAGCAAAUCUUCCCCUUUCGACCUACUCACAUGCGCUCGACCAAAUAUACUGAAGCUACACCCAUAUCGCUGCGCUCGAGAUGACUAUAAGGACGAUGGCACGAACAUCCUUCUUGAUGCCAAUGAAAACGCAUACGGUCCAGGAUUAGUACUCGAUCAGAAUGGGUCCUAUCGACAAUCAGCUUCCUCUACGCCACAGGUCGACUUUCUAGGCUUGAACCGCUACCCAGACCCUCAUCAAGCGGAACUGAAAGAAGGAUUCUGUCGAUUAAGAAACACCCAUACUCAUACCGAGAAGCAGCUUCGACCUGAGAACCUUUUCUGCGGAGUGGGCUCCGACGAAGCCAUUGAUGCGCUGCUGCGAUGCUUUUGCGCACCUGGUAAAGACAAGAUACUGACAUGUCCACCAACGUAUGGAAUGUACGCGGUCAGCGCAGAUGUCAACGACGUUGAGAUCGUGCAUGUACCCUUGAAUCCAAAUGACGGCUUUUCACUACAAACUCAGCAGAUCUUGGACAAGCUGUCCUCGGACUCAACGAUCAAAUUGGUGUAUAUCUGUUCGCCCGGCAAUCCAACAGCUGGGCUCAUACCCAAGAAAGACAUUCAGCAAGUACUCGAACACCCAACGUGGAAUGGCGUCGUAGUGGUUGACGAAGCAUAUAUCGACUUCUCACCUGAAGGUUCAAGCCUUGCAGAAUGGGUUCUCGAGUGGCCGAACUUGGUCGUUAUGCAAACAUUAAGCAAAGCUUUCGGUCUGGCUGGGAUAAGGUUGGGCGUUGCUUUCAGCAGCCCAGACAUCGCAGCACUGCUCAACAACACGAAAGCACCAUACAAUAUCUCUAGUCCGACAAGCGCCAUCGCAACGGCGGCGUUGAAGGAUGAGAAUCUUAAAGCCAUGCGAGAAAACCGAUCGAAAAUCCUAGAACAAAGGGACAGGCUCGUUCGAGAUCUUCCAAAAGUCCCUGGUGUCGGAAGGUUCAGGGGAGGAACCGAUUCCAACUUUUUGCUUGUCGAGGUCUUGGACAAACCAUUGGAGAAAGGUGGGCAGCCAGACAAUGCAACGGCUCUUACUGUAUACGAAACCAUGGCGGGGCAGCGAGGGGUAGUGGUCAGGUUCCGGGGUAAAGAACAUGGUUGCAAGGGUUGUCUACGUAUCACUGUGGGCACAGAGAAAGAGGUGAACCGAUUUCUAGAAGAACUUGGGUCAGUUUUACAGCAAACCUACACGCGAGGCUCAAAUGUCAAUGGGGUGAAGGAAGAGGAGAAACGUGAGGAAGAAGCAAAUGGGGUGAUAUCAUGAUGCAUGUGCACUGCAACUGUCAUGGGGGACUUUUGAUAGAGGUCAAAUGGGCAAACAGAUGAUCACUUUCGGGUGCUGCCUUGUGCUUAACUUCUUACUUAUUAGCGUGCAAGGGGGGAACCAGUUUUCUAGGCUUCCAGGCGACGGGGGAAGCCCCUGUGAAGUCCCGUUGUUCCCACUCUUCGCGUUAUUCCCAAAAGCGAUAGAAGUAAAGAAACACCAGCCUGUCAAUCGCUGCCAGCACAUCAUUCCAGCACCUCUUUCUUGCUGUUGCGAACCACUCACAAGUCUGCUGAGCGCCGCAAGACAAACAUUUACCGUUCAUGCUCUGAACGCUGGAUACUAACAGAGGCUCCCAAUACUGUCAUCCCAUGCACCCUGCAGAUCUGCAGCUAGUCCGUCGGCUACAACUUUGAGCGUUGCGCAGGAACAACAAGCCAAAAAUCUCCGUUCUUACUUCACGGGUCUACCAAUAUCACACCUAUCACACAUA